AGCCCCCACCCCCCUCUCUCCCUCCUCCCCGCCCUUCUCCUCCUCUUUCCCGUCUGCAAUCAGGGAAUAAAUCAGGGGAGGACACACGCGCGGAGCGGGCGCGGAUCCGUUACAAAAGUCGCGCUGAUGGCGGCGGAUCGGAUGGAGCCGGAGCUGCCGCGGGAGUAGCGCAGAGUCGAGUCGCUCCCUCGCUCGCUUCUCCGCUUCCCCCUCUCCACCCACAGAUCUCCAUCGUUCCUCCUCCUCCUCCUCCUCCUCCCCACCCCGAGCCGCGCUGCCUCUCCGCGCACCGCCGCGCCUGCGAGGGGGUGGGGGGUGGGCUGGGGGAGGCUUUAAAAACCGCCGGCCCCCCCACCCCCGGCAGUAAUUUAAUUGAGCGUUAUUAUUCUCGCCGGCUCGCGAAGGGGGAAUCGAUCUUCGAUCGGGAAGAUGGCUGCUGGCUGGCUGCUGGUCUUCAGCCUGACACUUUUCCAGUCCCUGGUGAUGAACCGCUCCUCGGAAGGACCCUUCCCUUCCGCCACCACGAUAAAGUCAUGGGUAGAUAAGAUGCAAGAAGACCUUGUAACGUUGGCACGAACGGCAAGUGGAGUGGACCAGCUUGCUGCGAUCUAUUUGAAAAAUAGAGAUUUGUAUACUGUAGAAGCCAACAAUCCUCGUCAGCUAGUGGAAAUAGCAGCCAGAGACAUUGAAAAACUGCUGAGUAACAGAUCUAAAGCCUUGGUGCGCCUUGCUAAAGAAGCAGAGAAAUAUCAAGCAUCACAUCAGUGGAGGGAUGAGUUUGGGAAUAACGAUAUAAUCUACUACAACGCAAAAGAUGAUCAGAGCGAUCCUGAAAAGAAUGAUACUGAAUCUGGCAGCCAGAGAAUCAGACCAAUAUUUGAAGAGGAUCCUGUUUUCCGCCGGCAAACUUCUUACCAACAUGCAGCAGUCCACAUACCAACAGAUAUUUAUGAAGGCUCGACGAUAGUAUUAAAUGAACUCAACUGGACAGCAGCCUUGGAUGAUGUGUUCAAGAGGAACAGAGAAGAAGACCCCACCUUGCUAUGGCAGGUUUUUGGUAGUGCAACUGGCCUCGCCAGGUAUUAUCCAGCUUCUCCAUGGGUAGAUAAAAGUCGAACUCCAAACAAAAUAGACCUGUAUGAUGUUCGCAGAAGACCAUGGUAUAUCCAAGGAGCUGCCUCUCCCAAAGACAUGCUUAUUUUAGUUGAUGCGAGUGGGAGUGUCAGUGGAUUGACACUGAAGCUGAUCCGCACCUCUGUCAUUGAGAUGUUAGAGACCUUGUCUGAUGAUGACUUUGUGAAUGUAGUUUCAUUUAACAAUAACGCGCAGAACGUGAGUUGCUUUAAUCAUCUUGUCCAAGCUAACGUGAGGAACAAGAAGAAGCUGAAAGAAGCAGUGUAUAAAAUCUCUGCUAAAGGAAUUACUGAUUAUAAGAAAGGCUUUAGCUAUGCUUUCGAACAGCUGCUAAAUCACAGUGUCUCUAGAGCUAACUGCAAUAAGAUUAUCAUGUUGUUUACGGAUGGUGGUGAAGAAAGAGCACAAGAAAUUUUCCACAAAUAUAAUGAAGACAAAAAAGUACGUGUGUUCACAUUUUCUGUUGGUCAACAUAAUUAUGACAAAGGACCCAUACAGUGGAUGGCCUGUGAAAAUAAAGGUUAUUAUUAUGAAAUUCCUUCUAUUGGAGCAAUAAGAAUAAACACCCAGGAAUAUCUGGAUGUUUUGGGAAGACCAAUGGUUUUAGCUGGAGAGAAAGCCAAACAGGUCCAGUGGACAAAUGUCUAUCUGGAUGCUCUGGAGCUGGGCCUUGUGAUCACUGGAACUCUGCCUGUCUUCAAUCUAACGAGAGAACAAAAUGGGAAAAUAAAUCAGCUGAUUCUUGGAGUAAUGGGGGUUGAUGUCUCUCUGGAGGAUAUUAAAAAACUGACACCCCGAUUUACGCUUUGCCCAAAUGGAUACUAUUUUGCAAUUGACCCUAAUGGGUAUGUGCUACUUCAUCCCAAUCUCCAACCAAAGAACCCUAAAUCCCAGGAGCCUGUUACGCUGGAUUUUCUAGAUGCUGAGUUGGAAAAUGAUAUUAAAGUUGAGAUUCGGAAAAAAAUGAUAGAUGGAGAAAGUGGAGAAAAAACAUUUGAAACAUUGGUCAAGUCACAAGAUGAGAGAUAUAUUGAUAAAGGAAACAGAACAUAUACAUGGACUGCUGUGAAUGGCACUGAUUACAGUUUGGCAUUGGUAUUGCCAUCAUACAGCUUUUAUUAUAUUAAAGCCAAAAUAGAAGAACCAAUAACUCAAGCCAGAUUGGCAAUCAAAAAGGACUCGGAAACACUGAAGCUUGAUCAUUUUGAUGAAGCUGGCUAUACGUUUAUAGCACCAAGAGAAUACUGUAAUGAUGUAAAAAAAUCAGAAAACAAUACUGAAUUUCUAUUAAAUUUCAAUGAAUUUAUUGAUAGAAAUACUCCAAGCAGUCCUUCAUGUAAUACUGAUAUGGUCAUUAGAGUUUUGCUGGAUGCAGGAUUUACAAAUGACCUUGCCCAAAAUUAUUGGAGUAAGCUGUCAUUUGAUGGAGUUGUUGCACAAUUUGUUGUUACGGAUGGUGGAAUUACUAGAGUGUUCCCCAAAAGGGCAGGAGAAGAUUGGUUGGAAAAUGCUGAAACUUAUGAAGUCAGCUUCUAUAAACGGAGCUUAGAUAAUGACAACUAUAUUUUCACAGCUCCAUACUACAACAAAAGUGGUGCUAAUAGCUAUGAAACAGGGAUUAUGGUAAGCAAGGCUGUGGAGAUAACAAUUAAUGGGAAACUUCUGAAACCUGCAGUUGUUGGAAUAAAAAUUGAUGCAACCAGCUGGAUGGAAAAUUUCACAAAAACCACAAUCAAAAGCCUGUGCAACAGUGAAAUCUGUGGCUGUGAAAGAAACAGUAUGCACGUGGACUGUGUUAUCCUUGAUGAUGGUGGAUUUCUUCUGAUGUCAAAUAGAGAUGAAUAUACCCAACAGAUUGGAAGAUUCUUUGGAGAAAUUGACCCUGGCCUGAUGCGAAACCUGAUUAACAUGUCCUUAUAUGCCUUUAACAAGUCUUACGACUAUCAGUCUGUCUGUGAUCCAGAAGAAGAACCCAAACAAGGAGCUGGACUUCGUUCUGCUUAUGUGCCUACAAUAACAGAUAUUUUGCAUUUAGGAUGGUGGGCUUCAGCAGCUGCCUGGUCUAUCUUACAGCAGCUGUUUUUGAGCCUGACUUUUCCACGUUUCCUUGAGGCAGCUGAUAUGGAAGAUGAUGAUUUUGGUGCUGCCCUGCCUAAAACAAGCUGCAUCACUGAGCAAACUCAGUAUUUCUUUGAAAAUGAUGAUAAAUCUUUUGGUGGCAUUGUAGACUGUAUAAACUGCUCCAGACUUUACCAUGCAGAGAAGAUUUCAAACACCAAUCUAGUAUUCAUUAUUAGUGACAGCCAACUGCUGUGCCGCUCCUGUGACCCAAAGCCACUGAUGCAAGCAGAGAAGCCGGAUGAAGGGCCAAAUCCUUGUGAAAUGGUUAAACAACCUAGAUACAGAAAAGGGCCUGAUGUCUGUUUUGAUGAAGCCAAACAGGAAGAUUCAGCUGACUGCGGUGGUGUCUCUGGUCUGAGUCCAUCACUGUGGUCGAUGGUAGGAAUUCAGUUUGUCCUACUUUGGCUGUUAUCUGGCAGCAGACACUCCCAGUUAUGACCUUGCUAAACCAAAACCUGCAUAACUUAAUGAAGACCUGGACAAAAUGAUAGCCUCAAUUUCAUUUUAAAAGGGUCAGCUAUUCAGACAGCAGAAGAACAGCAAUGCUUGUGUCUGGUUAUCACUCUUUGUGAGACUCAUAAAGGCACCCACAGUGGCUGCAUGUUGGAGUGUCAGAUCCUUAAAUUUGUGUGAAUGCUGCAUCAUCUAUGCCAUCUGAACAGAAUUCUGUACGUGCUUCAUUGGGGAAUCUCAGAUUUUUGUUUGUUUGCUGGUGUAAUAUUGAUGACUUCAUGUAAAAGGGCUCCCCUUAAAAUAGCUUAUAUAUAUAAUUUUCAUUUAUUUUAAUCUUUGGAUUUUCUUGAAGAUCUUAUAUUCUUUUACAUGAACAUUUGUUUUAUAUAUAUAUAUAUAUAUUAAAAAAAAAAAAGUACUGCCCCGAUAUACUUUACUAGUACCAUGAUGGCUGCUUUGAACAUCAGUUUUGUCCAAAUCAGUUAAGUGAAAUGAAAAUAUUGCCUAGUCUUCAUCAGAAGUUUAUCAGCAUUGACAUGCUUUAUGAUGAGUGGUUUAUUUUCCAAAAUUAAUCACAACGGGUAGCCAGCCAAGUUUGGUAAGUUCAUAAAUUGUUGGUUAAAAAAAAAAGAAAGGGAGAAAUUACUGUAUUUAGAAAUAUAAAGGUGCUUGAGAGCUUAACUGAAAAGCGAUUUUGUUCUUGAACUUUGUCAUCUAUCAGAAAAAUGUUAAUUUCAAUGUAAUAAUCACCUUCUCUUCACAAUGCAGUUAUAUAUAAUGCUAGUCAAAGCCUUCAAAUGCUCAGACAAAAUGCUUGUGAAUAAAAAAAAAAGUCUUUGUGAUUAUUGAACGUUGGUUUCCAAGGGUAUUUUGCAUGAUGAUGAUGAUGCUACGUUAUUGUUUUUCAGUUUGUUUUCUUUGAUGGUAGAGUAUAGUCCAUUGAAAAGGUAACUGAGUGAUUCUUUUGUUGUGUGAGAAACUGAUCAUUGCAAUGUGUUGCAAUCAAAUCAUAUUAAAUUAUAUUAUUAAACAGAGCUCUGAAUAUACUGUGCAAUGAAAAACCUAAGAAAAUAGGGAAAAUUUAGCUAUCGUAGCAAAAGGGUUGAGGUGAAUUUUUUACAAAAUAGCGCUCUCAUAUGAAAAUCUGUGUACAGAUAUUUUCAGUAUAUAAAAAUCAGAUUUGACACAUUUAUUUUUGAAGUUAUAUGUUCUGUAAGGUUCAUAUCAGGUUCCCCCUUUGUUUCCUUUAUAUAAAAACAUCUAUAAUGUUAAAACUUUUUCUGUUGCUGUAUAUUGUUGGAAAUAGCAAAUUUAACAGAGCCAAUCACCUGGUUGCUAGAAUUAGAACAAGAUCUAAACAAAUGGGGAGCCUUGAAUCUCUAUGUAUGCACAUUGAUACUUGAUUGUGAAUAAUAAUUUUAAAAGUUGUUUUUAUACAACCUCAUUGGUGAUACAGAUUGGUGCAGUAAAUUGCAAUAUGACAGUGUAGCAUAGUGUUGAUGCAGAAUAUGAUUUGCGCUUUUUUCUAGUUUUCAGAACUAAACAGUAUUGCAAGACAGCUAAACCAAUGAAUGUGCAACUCUGCUGAUAUUGUACAAUUUUGCUAACAACUGCAAUAUGCAAAUAUUAACAUGGCACAAUACACUAGCUCUUUAAAAAAGUAAGAAAAUGCAAAGCAUUGGUAUGUAUAUGCUGGCAACUGAUAUCAUUUUGAUCUUGUCAAAAGCUUAAAGAAAUAAUCGGGCAUGCAUUAAUAUCCAAUGAAAACUGAAGAAGCUACUCAAAGCCAUGGCAUGGCUUGAAAGAUCAAAUGUCUACUAUAGCUGUACCCAUGGUUGGGUCAUUAUUUUUCUCAUAUACCUUGGUUCCAGCUAUGUAUUUUCUCAUGUUCGGGACUACAGUAAGAUAAAGCAGUAAAAAAGCCCCACAGAUCUUUCUUUGGGGGGUGGAGGGGAUCAAAUUUAGCUUUUUAAAAUUAUCUCAAGUCAUGGGAUUAAAAGUACAAUUGACUGUGUUGGAUGACUCCAGGGCUUCCUUCAGAAAAGCAAGUUAAUUUGAGUAACAGAGGUGAAGAUAAUCUUGGAGCUCUUCCUUCCAGUCACAUUACUAUACCUCUCUUCACCCCAUCGCCGAUACCACCUGAUAAAACAAUUAGUCUGAGUCUCUCUAAUGCUGAGGCAGUAUCCUAGUGUUUUCUUUAAUAUCCUCAGCUGAAUUCCUAUGGGGAAAGCAAGUUUUAUAGGAUUAGGCCAAUACUUACUACACUCAUAGCUCUUACUCUAAGAUUACUUAAACUAUGUAUUAGUUUGGAUUUUGCUCUUUUAAUUACUCGGAAGCUUGUAGGAAUAUUAGUAUGUUAUAGUUUUUCACUUAGCUUCCCAAAAGAAACCCUUCGUGGAAAAGUAGCAUUACUUACAUUUCAGAAGAAUUUGCUCACAGGGGUGAGCCCCAUCCUGAGUUACUUCAUGAAGAUCUGGUUAGAGUUUGGAGGCAUAAAGAAAGCUGGCGCAAGGCCGUGCUGCUCCAGAAGACAGCUGGGGCUUUGGUGUUCACCCCAUGUCCUUCUGGAGCACUCAGGCAAGGCAGGAGGGAGAAUCUUUGUUCCUCUCCUGCUCCCUCCUCUAAUACCUGAAGAACUAUGUUUCUGUAUACACACCCUAGUUUUCUACCAAUAAAACCUGUCUGUUGCGAUAAAAAGCUCAGGAUUUGGCCCUCCUGGGGGGUUUAGUACUGUGCCCAUAAAAUUCAGUACUUUCAAUACAAAAGAAAUGAAGUUUUGACUUCUGUUUUCAGAAAACUAAUCGUAUUGUAGCCAAAUGAUAUCUAAAAGUUCCAGAUUUCUUAAAAUGCCCUCCCUGUGUACCUACAAAACACAACACACCAGAAGGCAAAGGCAAUGUGAACAUUAGCUAUGUCAAAAAGACCAGUCUGUUAGAAAUAACUUCUGGGAGCAGAUCCGUAUUCUUAUGCAGAAGAGCGCUCUUACUCUCGUGUAAUGCAUAGUAGUCAUCUUCUCUUGUUUGUUAGAGAAGAAACUUGAUCCUGGGCUUUCAGUUUGGACAUUUUCAAAUUACAAUAUGCUAUAAUUAAAAAAAAAGAAAUCACAUAAUAAGCUAUGCUGAUAUUUGCUUAGAACCUUUAAAUAGCAUUAAGGGAUAAAUUGUUUCAACUGUUUUAGUUUACGCAGCUUUUAGUACGCCUGACAAAUAACCACCAUGAAGGCUGUGACAGCCUGGUACUAUACAACACAUGGUCUUAGGACUUAACAUGAAAGGUUUCUUUCUGAUUUUUUCAUUUAAACAACCAGCAUUACUGCCAAAACACUGACCGUGGUCCAUAUUUGUAACAGGUUUUUAACAUGACAUAGCAGGUUUGAUUGACAAGAUUUUUAGGUCCUGUACCUUUGAGACUUUAGUAUGAUCUUUUUUCAUGUUUCUAAUGCUUGAGGCUUUACUGCUUAACUUGACAAAAAACAGUGUUGCUGCCAUUUGUAAGUUUUCUUAUAACGUUCCUUUUACUAACGUAAAAAACUGGCCUUACUGGGUUCAAAUAGGCAGUAUCCCUUUUAAGUGACCUUUGCAACCCAAGUGUUACUUGCUGUGGUUGAGAGUUUUUCAGUACCAUUUAAAAGACAUUGAGACCUUUUGUUCCCAUUAACACCGAAGCUCAGAGAGCGUACUUACUAUGUCUUAAUUUCAAAACGCAACCUCAAUCCCGCUGCUUCUAAAAUUCAGAUCCUGGUUAUCAAGAAGUGUGUGAAUGCCUACAAGGCACUGCAAAGCUCUGCGAUGUUUUCUGAAUGUCUGCUGAAGGCGGAUUAUUAAUAACUCCUUUCUUAGUAAAAAUUUUCCCCAGCUUCAUUGGACGUUCAAGCCUUUAACAAAGGCCAACCUUUUCUUUUUUUUCUUCUUCAUACCACAAUGUUAAUAUUGUUAAUAUUCAUUGUACACUACUGUAAAAAGAGUAAAACAAAGUGUCUGCAAACAAUUCAAGAGUUUUGAAAAGUUAGCCUGGCCCUCGUCCCAGCUACUCGCAUCCGUGCUGUUUAUGGUUUAAAAGAAAAAUAGCGUCUUGGAGAAAUCGUUUCGCUGAGGCUAAAGAGAUACUGUCUUGUUCAGAUGCCAUGAAAUUGCGGUUGUGACAACGCUGUCCUCUCUCCUCGUGUCGUAUGGAACGUCUGGGUCAUGCUUUUGGGGUGUUUUUAUUGAAAUGCUCGGUGUGCGCUCCUGCAGAAGAGGCUUGGCUUGCUCUCAUGAGGCAGGCGGGUCUUUCUCCCUUUUCUUGUGUUCUCUUGACACUUUUGUGGAACUUGACAAGCCUGGAAAAAAACAAUUUUUUUGUAAAAAUUUGUACAAUAAUGUUAUAAAAAAUUUAUAAUCCUCAAACUGUUGUGUAAUUCUUGUGCAAAAACAGUAUAUUCAGAAUAAAAGUUUAUCAUUGAAAAUCAAUAA